AUGGCGUCGGUGCAUGUAGUUGGCGAUCUCUUGGGUGCUUCUGGUCUCUCUGGACUUGACGAAGAAGAGUUCUCCGUCUCUCACGUGCUCGACAUGCUGUCGCUGCAUCCUUCGUCCGAGUUGAGCUACUUCUGCAAGUGGCGAGUCGUUGUCGAUGAUACUUCGAACUCAAGCAACGAAGUCUGGAAAGUUGUUCAAGGAGAGACACGAGGUCAGACGCAAGUGCAUGCUGCCUCGAGUGGCGGGAGUCUUGCCACGCCGGAUCUGUAUCGCCAGAACCGGAAGGAUAUUUCACUACCGAAGAUGAGCACUGUGUGGGCACAUCCGAUCGAGCUUCACCUCGCUACAACGAACUUGGAUGCGUGGAAUAGCUGGCCACGUCUUGAGUUCCAGGUAUCGUAG